GCUUUCCUGAGGGCUGUCAGAAGGAUGAACUCUCUCCUGGCCUUCACUCUGCUGCUUGCUCUGGGCUUGGCCCCAGCUGGUGGAGGAAUCCUGCAGCUCUACAAGAUGAUCAAAAAAGCCACAGGGAAGAAUGCUCUGCUGCAUUACUCCUCCUAUGGCUGCUACUGUGGCCUGGGGGGCAGGGGGACACCCAUGGAUGCCACAGACAGGUGCUGCCAGCUGCAUGAUCAGUGCUACAGCAGCCUCCUGCAGAGGUACCACUGCGAUGCCAAGGUGCAGAGCUACAGCUUCAGCUGGCUUGGGGGCCACCCCACCUGCAAUGAGGAGUCCUGGUGCAGCCACCACUCCUGUGAGUGUGACCUCAGCCUGGCUCUCUGCCUCAAGAGGAACAUCAGGAGCUACAAGGUGAAGCACCUCUUCCACAAGAGGAACAAGUGCUACUGA